UGACAUUUUAACAUAAACGUUUCAUAUUAUUGUCACUAAUAGAGCAAUUUGUUUUAUUCUUAUCAUCAGGUGAACAAAAAUUAUCGUAAAAGUUGUUUUACAACUCGACCAUUAAUUAUCAUGAUCUCAUGCUGGUCUACAUGUACAGGCCGUAAAAAAAUGGCAAACUGACUGUUCAGUACGACCCUUUAUGAUGCAAUAAAAGGAACGGAAAUAAAAAAACUACAUACAAGAGCUCAACUAAGAGAACUAACCAGCCGUUGAAAAUUCAUUUCAUAGAAGCUCUGUAGAUUUUCUCAAAAAUAAAUCUGACUUUUUGGUUCUCUGGAUCCGUAUAAUACCAUCAGUUUUUUUCCUUCGACAAGACAAGUCUAAUACAGACCUUACGGCUUUAUAUAAUAGACUCUUAAGGUAAUAUCACAGGACGAUUGUUGUCCUAUACAAACGGAAACUGUACACAACAUCAGGAAAUGUAUCUGAAGUAGUAGAGUCACGGAAAAUGCUUACUUGCGUCUACUCUGCUGAGAAAUUCAAAACGAAAGCUGUAACAGUGAAACUUGAACAAAGUGACGAGUCGAAAAAAAAAACGAGAUUAUUGACAGUUGAGAAGAGACCUGGUAUUGCUAAAUCUGAAACACCGAUUUUGCUUCCUGAUAAAAAUGAGUUACCAGUGGGCGGGGGUGGAGCUGUGCUGGUACUCAGCGAACUCGAAAGUAUGGCAGCCAGGCAACAACGGGAGAUUACCCUACAGAGACGUCUCCUUGAGCAACGGGAAGCCCGGCUGGCCGUGCUUCGAGGCGCUCAGGAACCGGCACAGCAAGAAAGACUGGCAAGACUGAGACAUCGGCUUGACCAACAGCAAAGCAAGCUCAACAGACUAAGACUACUUAGGUCACAGACAGAGCAGUCACGAGCUAAUAAUGCAACUCUGACCUCUGAUCUAGACUGUAUAAGAGCUCUGUUCAAUGAAAAAGAGAAAGAAUUGUCACUUGCUGUUGCAAAGGUUGAAGAGCUGACGCGACAACUUGAGGAGCUGCGUGGUCGGCACAACGGAAAUGCUGUUGGUGGUGGUGUUGGUGGCCAAGUGCCAUCAACUGCUAGCGCUGAACUUGAGAAACUUCGCCGAGAACUAAUGUACCGGAAUAAAAUGAAUGAACAACAGAACCAAGUGGUAUCCCAGCAACGAUUAGUCCUGGCUCAAAGGCAAGCUGAAAUGGUAUCAAUAGACGCGAGAAUAGCACAGUUACAGGGUCGUCUUCAACGGAAACGAGCACUUAAUCAACGUCUUCUCAGUCAGCAGAUAGCAAAUAAUCGUCAGACCAGCUCGGCAUCAACAACAACUACAUCCUCCACUACUACUACCAUGACACCGUGUAUCACGGAUCAAGUGAGCAAACAACAGGAUUUCACCAAUGCACCAAAGCUAAGACCAGCUGGCAAUAUUGCAGCCAUCGAACCAUACAGUCAUAUUCCUAACGAUAAUGAUUUUAAUCUCAAUAAAAACGAUCCUAAAUAUCAAACACUGCCCUAUAAUACGAAAUUUGCGGUAAAUCUCAAACCUAUAGAAGAUGAUGUUAAUAAAAAUAAAAUCCAGCAUAGCCAAAGUGCAUCACAAAUAAAUCAACGUUCAAAUAUUCAACAAAUGGGACAUUCUAUUUCGCACAGUCAGUCUCAAUCUCAUAUUCAAGCUCAGUCGCAGUUAGGAAUAAAUCCGUCGUCAGUACAACACUUGCAGUCUGCGCAAUAUUCCAGUUCACAAAGUUUUACUACACAGUCUGGAAAUUUCACAGUACAUUGUCCCAAAAAUACUACCAAUAACAAUACUACUACUUCGACAAACAACAAUAAUAAUAUUGUUAAUAAUAAUAAUAAUAAUAGUGUCAACAACAAUAAUAAUAUCAACAAUAGUAAUGAUAAUAAUAGUGGUAAUAAUAUUAAUAUUGAUAAUAAUGUUAAUAAUAACAAUAACAGUAGUGGUAAUGUUAGUAACAAUAAUAGUAAUAACGGCAGUAGUAAUAAUAAUCUUCAAAUCAAUGGAAAUAAUAGUGGAUUAGUAAAUGUGACUCAAGAAAAUCAAAAUCAGUCUAUUUUAAGGCAUCAAAAUCAUCAACAAAUUUCUUCAAAUACUCAACAAAAACAAUUAUCGAAAAAUUUAUCGUCAAAUAUUGAUAAUUUAGAUUUAAAACAAUCUACAACACAAGCUCAUAAUUUUAAGAAUCUUCAAAACCAUCAAAAACCAGUAUCAAGUGUUGCACCAAGCUUUCCUGUCAAGUCACCUAUUUAUCAAACAUCUUCAACCAAAAUCCAUCCGGUAAUGCCUCAAACACUUAGUUUGAUUAGUCGAGCUCACUCUGGAUUGCAGAGUUAUUCGGAACAAUCGAAUACUCCACAUUCAAACGUUCAGAAUCAACAGCAGAUAAUAGUUACAACGGAGUCUAGUUAUCCGACUAGACAUGCUUUCCAGCAAGGACAAUUUCCUCAGAACUACAAAAAUUCUACUAAUUUCCCACAAACAGGUCUUACUAAUUUGGCCAAUUUUCCCGGAUACUCUUCAUCUAAUAUUACCCAAACUCAAAAUAUUAAUUCCAUCCAAGAGAAUUCAAACAUAGAUAGAGUCAAAUUUGAUGCUAAAAGUCAAGAAAAGCACGAAAACCAACAAAUAAAAUCAUUUGAUAAUAACAAACAUGAUCAAGUAACUCAAGCAAGAUUCGAAGGUUCAACUAAGCCGGAUUCCAUCCAACCUUUAAAGUUUGAUCACACUCAAUUAUCAAUGACUCAUCAAUAUGGAAAGCUCGAUCAAGUUGAUGGUAAAUCAACGUCAAAAUAUGACCAUAAUACUCAGUACAAACACGAAUCUCACAAGUAUGAUGCAACGUCAAACUUCCAACAAUUUAAACAGCCACAACAACAAUUACAGGAUCAAGGUAAAUAUGAUGUGUCGACAACAAAGGCUGAAAUUGCGUCACAAAAAUAUGAAACUAACCAACAAUCGAUGAAACAUGAUCAUAAUACAAAGCUUGAACCUCCAACAAAAUUAUCGGAUAAACCAUACGAGUAUGAGAGAACUAACACUGAAACUGAAAGGAAAACCAUCAACCAAUUUGAAUCUAAAUCCGAGGACAAGAUGAAACCAGCACUUCCACCAAAACCCAUUAAGCCUAGUCCACCGCCUAGGUUGAACAGUCAAGAUAAGCUCGAAGUUUCUGCUGAUACGACAACGGAAGGGAAAUCUUCUAUUUCUCCAAGGAGCGAAAAAGAAGAAGAAAUACCUCCAAUUCCAACAAGUGAACCACCAGAAUCACCAAACGAAACAGUUCUCGGAAAUCAUCAGGUUAUUAAAGCACGACCGCUUACAUCAAAAAAGACUUUUUUAUCUGAACAACCACGUCUACGAUAUCCAAAAUCGAAUGUUCAUGUUUCUAUAAAUCGAAGGAUUGAAAUGCCUCCAGCUUUUCUUUUUCCUGAGACGGAAAUUCCUGCUGAUCUUAAGCUUACUGAACAGCCACAACAGCAACAACAACAACAACAACAGCAAACACAGUCAACACCAAAUAUUACUGAUGUUACUGAUCAUAGCAAUAUCAAAUCAAUUUCAGUAUUGAUUGCUGAUGAGCCCAGUAACGACAAGUUGGAAGAUUCGGAUAUUGUUGAAGCGUUAAACGUAAUCAACAUUGAAGAUAAAUUAAAGAUAAAAGAUUCAGAUAAGAAACACGAUCUUGAAGCAGACUCUAAAUCAAUAGAAGUGAUUAGAAGAAAAAAGGGAAACCUUAAAUCCACAACGGGGAAAGCAAAUUUAUCGAGAAGGGUCUCAUUCGACCCACUCGCACUUCUUCUUGAUGCCAGUCUUGAGGGUGAACUUGAGCUGGUUAAAAAGACUGCAAAAGAAGUUGCUAAUCCUAGCUCUGCCAAUGACGAAGGGAUCACAGCACUUCAUAAUGCUAUUUGUGCUGGACAUUUAGACAUUGUUAAAUUUCUUGUUGAAUUUGGUUGCGAUGUCAAUGCUCAAGACAGUGAUGGAUGGACACCUUUACAUUGUGCUGCUAGUUGUAACAAUCUAGCUAUGGUGAGAUUUCUGGUUGAACAUGGAGCUUGUAUUUUCGCCACAACAUUAUCAGAUCACGAAACUGCUGCAGAGAAAUGCGAAGAGGACGAGGAAGGAUUUGAUGGAUGCUCCGAGUACUUAUAUAGUGUUCAAGAAAAAUUAGGUAUUAUGAACAAUGGCCAAGUAUUUGCCGUGUUUGAUUACGAAGCACAACAUAGCGAUGAAUUGUCAUUGAAGAAUGGAGAUCAGUUGGUUAUAUUGCGGAAAGGAGAUGACAAUGAAAGAGAAUGGUGGUGGAGUAGGCUUGGACAUAGAGAAGGAUAUGUCCCUCGCAAUUUGUUAGGACUUUAUCCCAGAGUUCAGCCAGCUAAAACGGAGUAAAAUGUGACGACAUAUCUGCAUGAAAUUUUUAUUUUAUAAUAUAUUUAUCACCACAGUAUUCAAUUUGCAGCUUUAUGGUUUUAAAUAUUUGUAAUAGUGUAUGUUAAUGUUGCAAAUUAACAAUAUUAUUUAAUUCUUGCGCUCUCAUAAGAGGCCGAAAUCUUACAAUUUUUAUUAGCAUUUUUAUGUGUCAAUUGAAUUUCGAAUUAAAUGUAAAUGGUGAGCAUAAAUCUUUUUUCUGUACUUAAAAAUACAAUUGCUACUUGAAGUAAAUUUAAAAUUUUUUUUAAUUAACACAUUUACUCCAAGAGGCAAAAAAGUUAUAUACAUUUUUAUUUGUGAAAAGAGAAGAUUCUUGCUAAUUUGGAAUAGCUUAUUUGUUUCAUCUAAAUGUAUUUGUUUAGUUGAAUUCAAAUGGCAUUUUAUCUUCCAUUAAAAGAAAAAAAAAAAUUCAUUGUUACUUAAAAAAAUUUUUCUGAUCUGACGAACGUGUGAUCUCAGAUCUGAAAAAUGAAUGUUGAUAAAUUUAUUUUUCAAGCUUGCCAAUCGAAGUAUAAAUAUUAUUAUAAUAAAUAAUAAAUUUAUUUUAUUCACUAUUAGUAACGACAAGUAUUACGCGGUUAAUGUGCGUUGCAAUAUAUAUAUAUAAAUACAUAUAUAUGUAUGUUUUUCUUUUUUUCAUUGUUGAAAAAUUCAUUUAAGAAAUACUUAAAGAGACUGCAAUAGUAAGAAAACUCAGUAAAAACAGUGAUGCGUGUUUGCGACUAUUUUAUGUAUACGAAAAUAUACGCACGGCCUAUUCUGAAUCAACUUUUAAACCAACAAAAAAUGUGUGCCUUUAAGAAGAGUAUAACAACAUAAUGUAAGAUUGCACGUAUAUUACUGAAAUAAAUUGUUUUCAUAAAAA